AUGCUCUCUCUACUCCUAUACCUCGCCGGAAAUGGCUUUGUCGGUGCCUUCCCAUCGGUUCUACAAGGCUGCAGCAAGCUGGCCACCCUGGACAUGGGGAACAACAUGUUCUUUGGUGUUAUCCCUCCAUGGAUCGGGAGUCGGGUCCCAUUGUUGAGAAUCCUUAGCCUCAGAUCAAACAAUUUCACCGGAGAAAUUCCUCCGGAGUUAUCAAGGCUUUCACAACUUCAACUGCUAGACAUGGCAAACAAUAGCUUGACCGGAUCAAUUCCUGUAACAUUCAGCAACUUGACCUCCAUGAGCAUAAAGGUUCCACAAAAUCUGUCGAUUCAAGACCCGUCCAAUACAAUGAAAUACGAAGAUAGGAUUAACAUAUACUGGAAGGGCCAAGAGCUAAUUUUCCAGAGAACACUCCGGUUAUUAGCCGGUAUUGAUUUGUCAAGUAAUUUGUUGUCCCACUGCAUCCCUGAGGAGCUUACCAACCUUCAGGGCCUCCAGUUUCUGAACCUGUCAAGAAACCAUCUGUCAUGCGUCAUUCCUGAAGACAUUGGUAAUUUAACUUUUCUCGAGUCUCUUGAUCUAUCAUCUAAUGGACUUAUCGGAGCAAUUCCUCCAAGUUUUUCAAGCUUAUCGUGGCUCAACACGUUGAAUGUCUCAAACAAUCUUUUGUCGGGCAAGAUCCCCACCGGGGCCCAGAUUCAGACCCUGACUGACCCAUCAAUUUACUCCAACAAUUCUGGGCUAUGUGGAUUUCCUCUACACAUUUCAUGCGAUAAUACUUCACUUGCACGAGAUGAGAGAAAGGAUGAAGUGGAGGACCAUUGGAUGUACUACUUUGUGAUUGCCGGGGUUGUGUUUGGUUUCUGGCUAUGGUUUGGGAUGCUCUUUAUAGUUAAGACCUGGAGAUGUAGUUUUCUCUUAUUUGUCGAUGGCCUACAGUGCAAGAUUAUGAAAAAGAUGUCACGUUAG